CAAGCAGCUUCGUCUUCCUUUGAUCGCUUCCUGCUCUUGCUGCUCGAUCGAUGCAGGCCCCGAUUUGCCACUCCUAAUUUGGCAAGCCGCCUGCGAGCCAAGCAUUGCAGGGCACAUGCAUAAAGCGAUGACCAUGGCAACGGACGCACGAGCUUUUCCCCUCUUCCCCCUUGGCCCCCGCCAAGCCUCUUUCCUCCGGCCGGUCACCGCCCUAGCUUCCUCGUCGUCGUCGGCGGCAGCGCCGAUCGGUUGCAUUGGCCGGCUGCGGCGGGAGAUGAUGGACGGGAACGCGGUGGACGAGCUUGUACGGCGGCUGCUCGACGGGAAGAAGAGCAAGGCGACGUCGUCGGGGAAGAAGGUGCAGCUGAGCGAGGCGGAGAUCCGGCAGCUCUGCCUCGCCGCCAAGGAUAUCUUCCUCUCGCAGCCCAACCUCCUGGAGCUCGAGGCCCCCAUCAAUGUCUGCGGCGACAUCCACGGGCAGUUCUCCGACCUGCUCCGGCUGUUCGAGUUCGGCGGGCUGCCGCCGAGCGCCAACUACCUCUUCCUCGGCGACUACGUGGACCGCGGCAAGCAGAGCAUCGAGACGAUCUGCCUGAUGCUGUCGUACAAGAUCAAGUACCCGGACAACUUCUUCCUGCUGCGCGGCAACCACGAGUGCGCCUCCAUCAACCGCAUCUACGGCUUCUACGACGAGUGCAAGCGCCGCUUCAGCGUCCGCCUCUGGAAGCUCUUCACCGACUGCUUCAACUGCCUCCCCGUCGCCGCCGUCAUCGACGACAAGAUCCUCUGCAUGCACGGCGGCCUCUCGCCGGACCUCGACAGCCUCGACCGCAUCCGGGAGAUCCAGCGCCCCGUCGACGUCCCCGACCAGGGCCUCCUCUGCGACCUCCUCUGGUCCGACCCCGACCGCGAGAACGCCGGCUGGGGCGAGAACGACCGCGGCGUCUCCUUCACCUUCGGCGCCGACAAGGUCACCGAGUUCCUCAACAAGCACGACCUCGACCUCGUCUGCCGCGCCCACCAGGUGGUGGAGGACGGCUACGAGUUCUUCGCGGACAGGCAGCUGGUGACCAUAUUCUCGGCGCCCAACUACUGCGGCGAGUUCAACAACGCCGGCGCGCUGAUGAACGUCGACGCCAGCCUGCUCUGCUCGUUCCAGAUCCUCAAGCCGUUCAGAGGCAAGUCGCAGGCGGACUGACGACGACGAAGAGGCCAGGCCAAGCCGGCGCGGCUGAACGCCGCUCGAGACAGAUUUCUUUCUCUAUUUUUUUGGAUUUAGACCAGAGGCUCGCACAUAGAUUUGCAUGCACAGCAACUACUUUUCCACCAUUUUUGUUCUUGGAUGGGUGAAGAUGGUUUGAGGGACAGGCAGAUGCAUGAUGAUCCAACCUCCUAUUCUUCUGAAUCCUUUGCUUGUAACUGAUUCAAUACGUGUAUAUAUAACCAACCAUAUAGUUCUUCUGCAACGCUCAGGCCUUUUUUAUCUGUAAAUGAGCAAUCUCAAUCUUAAUUUUAAAAAUGACCAAUCUCAAUGAGUGUUU